AUGAUUGUCAGGGAGUACCAUCCGUUCAGCGUCGUUGAAGAUCCAGAGUUCAAGACUCUGGUGCAUAUGCUCAAUCCCAGUUAUAAACUCCCCACAAGGAAAACUGUGUCGUCCUCAUUAAUGCAAGCCAUUUAUAAUGAAACUGUGAUGACAGUGAAAGCACGUUUAAGCAGAGCAUUUGCUGUAUGUUUGACAAUGGACGGAUGGACUUCUCGGGAGCAAGAAAAUUUCAUUGGUGUCACAGCUCAUUACAUUGCUGAUGAUAACAAUCGCAUGAGUUUAGAGUCGGAUUUGUUGACCUGCGUAUCAUAUGCAGAGCGUCAUACUGCAGAUAAUAUAACAAAAAAACUGCAAGAGGUUUUGCUACAUUGGGAGUUGACUAAUAAGGUCACAGCUGUAGUUACUGACAACGCAGCUAAUAUGAAGGCGGCAGUUCGUGGAGGACAGUGGCGGCAUUGGGGAUGUUUUGCGCACACCCUAAAUUUUGUUGCACAGUCGGGCUUAAAAGAAAUGCAAACUAUUCUAGAUAAACUGAAAGGCACCACGGCUCGAAUGCAGCUACCAGUCACAAAAUUGAUUAAUGAUGUUCCCACGCGAUGGAACUCAACGUUGGACAUGCUAGAACGAAUUCUGAAAAUGAAAGAUGCCGUGAUUGCAACUGUAGCUGUGGUACAGUCAUCUGGGCAAGCAGUACAACAAGCUAUGGAAAUAAUGAAAGUUUUUCGAUUCAUUACAAAUGCCAUCAGCGGCGAAAAAUAUGUCAGUGCCUCGUCAGUAAUAGUAUACGUACGCCAAUUAUGCAAACAUUUGAAUGCUUAUAAAGUUGAUGACUUAACACCAUCUGCACAAAGAUUAGUUCUGAAGCUUCUAAAUGACCUAAAUGUACGAUUCAAAGAUUUAGAGAAAAACGAACUUAUAGCGCAAGCAACUAUUUUAGAUCCGCGUAUAAAAAAUUACGAGUUUAUAAACAAAAAAAAUUAUGAUGAAGCGCUGCAAGCACUUUACAGGAAAGUAGCAAACACUGUUAUUCAAAAUGAAAUUGCUUUUGAGACAAGCACCAAUGAGCAGCAAAAUCAGUCCAGUAAUGUGCAAAGAGAAGAGUCGACUUCUUUGCUAACUGAGGGUGAAAAGUUUAUAUGGGAUUCGAUUGAUACCGUGGCUCUAAAUUAUACGCGUCCUAAAUAG